GGGAGUGAAUGAGGAGGGAGAAGGCUUGGCUGGGAGAGAACAGCAAGGCUGGAGGGAAAGUUGCUGGAGAAAGAGUGGAGCAGAGUGGGGCAAGGGUGCUGUCCUGGUUCUAAGGAACCUUCUGACCCAGAAUUGAAAUUAAGGCCAGCUCAGCCCCUCUAUUUCCCCAGACAUGCUGCUGGGUUCAGGCUGGAAGAAGAGGACCGACGAUAUUGGCAAAAUCUAUGACAUCAGAGAGAAACUUGGGGCGGGAGCAUUCUCGGAGGUGUUUCUGGCCCAGAAUCGAUCCUCCAAGAGACUGGUGGCUCUCAAGUGUAUCCCGAAGAAGGCUCUGAGGGGGAAGGAAGUAGCUGUAGAGAAUGAGAUCGCUGUUCUCAAGAAAGUCAGUCACCCCAACAUUGUGGCUCUUGAAGAUGUCCAUGAGAGCAGCUCCCAUCUCUACCUGGCCAUGGAACUGGUGACAGGGGGGGAACUGUUUGAACGUAUCAUGGAACGAGGCUCUUACACAGAGAAGGAUGCCAGUCACCUGGUGGGGCAGGUCUUGGGAGCUGUCUCCUACUUACACAGCCUGGACAUCGUGCACCGUGACUUAAAACCUGAGAAUCUUCUGUAUGCCACCCCCUUUGAGGAUUCUAAGAUCAUGAUUUCUGACUUUGGCCUGUCCAAGAUCCAGGAGAGCAACGUCUUGGGCACUGCCUGUGGGACCCCAGGCUAUGUUGCCCCUGAACUCCUGGAACAGAAGCCCUAUGGGAAGGCUGUAGAUGUCUGGGCCCUGGGGGUCAUCUCCUAUAUCCUUCUGUGUGGCUACCCCCCGUUCUAUGAUGAGAACGACUCGGAACUCUUCAGUCAGAUCCUGAAAGCCAACUAUGAGUUUGAUUCCCCAUAUUGGGAUGACAUCUCUGAAUCGGCCAAAGAUUUCAUUCGACACCUCUUGGAGAGAGACCCUGAGAGGCGGUUCAGCUGCAAGCAAGCCUUGCAGCAUCUUUGGAUCUCUGGGGACACAGCCCUGGACAAGAACAUUCUCAGUUCUGUCAGUGAGCAGAUCCAGAAGAAUUUUGCUCGGACCCACUGGAAGAGGGCAAUCAAUGCCACGUCCUUUCUUCGGCACAUCACCAAGAUGGGACAGAGCACUGAGGCAGAUGGGGAUGAGGGAGGACAGCAGAAAAAGUGAUGAUGCCUCAUGCCAACCGGCCACUCAUUCAUCAAGAAAUCCCUUCACCUGAAGCUGGAAGUGCUGGAAGAGGAGCCCGCUCUUUAACUCUCAUGGAUGUUGCUAUCAAUUUCUUUCCUGCCUGUGCCCUGAGUACCCUCCUCCUUCUUUCCCCUCUUCCCCCCUCCCCCAGUCACAACUAUCUGUGCCUGGCACCCUCAAUCACCCCCUCAAUCACUGGGUCUCAUAGUUUGGACUGGAUUGUCUGGAUGUGUCUGUGUGUGUGUAUGGAGGC